AUGGGGAGUUCAUCCUCUCUUCAGCUCCUCCUUGGCUCAUUCUCAUUAACUCUCCUGAUUAACCUCUUCUCCCUUCUUCACUUAGAGAGUCAUCACUUUCCUUCUCCUCCCAUGUUCACCCCAAUCUCAAACUCCCCUUUCGCUCUCACUACUAAUGGGUCAUUCCUCUUCUUGGUCCUUCUCUCUUCCCUCAAUCUCUCAAUCUCAGAUUCCACUCUCCUGAGUACCCCUCUGCUCAGACUUCCAUCCUCUGAUUCAUCCUUCCAAAUCGGCUUGCAUCUCCUCUUUCCCUUGCAUUGCUUGAUUCACCCUCAACCAUUCUCCUCUGUGAAGCACGGCUUCCCUCACUGUUUGUCAUCUUGUUAUGUUGUUUUCAACUAA